CUGCAUUUCUUGAUCGAGGCAUAAUUUUAGUGAUUGCAGAAUCUGUAAGACAGAUGGGCAUCCAGUCCGCUAGCAUGAUGAAGACUGCGUGGGCGAUCAUUCUUGUGUCCGUUGCUCUCCAAGUGGCUGUCGGAUCGCGCCUUCAGCCAGCCGAUGGAAAGAAUGAACAAGCGAAGCUCGAGAAGCGUCACCUUGCAGAGGAAAACGUGAGAGCCAGGCAGGCGAUGACCAGAUUAGAGACAACUGAAUCUCCACUUGAACCAUAUCUUCAAUCGAGACCCGUCGACUGCGCGGAUCACUUGCUUAUGGGGAGCACGACCAGCGGAGUCUACGAGAUCUACCCCUUUUCGUGCUCAUGCAGCGAGCCCGUGAGGGUGUGGUGUGACAUGGAGACCGACGGCGGCGGAUGGACCGUCUUCAUGGCCAGGCAGAGGCAGACGCCCCAGGUGAACUUCAACCGGUCCUGGACGGAGUAUAGGACAGGCUUUGGCGACGCUGAGGGAGAGUUCUGGCUCGGAAAUGAAAUGCUGCACAGGAUUACCGCGAGCAGGAAGUAUUCCCUCCGUGUGGACUUCACUCUCUCGAACCAGAUUCAGCAGUUCGCCGAGUGGGAAGAAUUCAGGCUCCUCGAUGAAAGGAACAAGUACAAAAUGGAUCUGGACAUUUAUUUGUCAUCGAGUACAGCAUAUUCAAGUUGUCUAAGUUAUAUGGGUAAUCGGUUCUUUACUACAUACGACCGUGACUACGAUUAUAGUUCAGGAAAUUGCGCUGCUACAAUCGGCGGGGGCUGGUGGACCUACAAUUGCCGCUACAUGCACCUAACAGGCAUCUACGAGCAAGGCCUGAACGUCACCUGCAGCAGCCAGCGCUUGCAAAUCUCUCACGCACAGAUGAAGAUUCGCCCCGCCAUCUGCAGUGAACCGUUCAAGAGAAUUUCGUUGAACAAUUACCAGUGCGGGAAGACGUGUGUCUAGGCGUGGAGAGGACCCCUUUGCCUGAACAACUGAAGGAUUUUCUUAGCGGAAACGUUUUAGCUGUAUCUGCGAACUUAUGUAACCUUCGGCAAUGUUUGACUCAAAAUUUGACUCAAAAUGUGAUUCAGAAGCAUCCUUAGAAGUAGAGAAAGAAAGAAAAGUUUAUAAUCUAAAUUCUAAAUUCUGUCGUUCAGUCUGAGUAAUAAAAUUGGCUUAGAAUAUA